AUGGCAUCAAACUCCAAUACAAGCUCCUCUCCCUACGCUCCCUCCAAUCUCUCCUCUUCCCCCUCUUCUUCCUCCUCCCCUCCACCUCCCUUACCCAACCCCAUCCUCGAACGAUCCUGUCCUGCUUCUGUCAAAAUCGUUCCCCGCAGACGCAAGUUCGAGUCCCGCAACCGCCGCCCCCCCACUCUCGUCUCCGCCGACGCCGUCCGCGCCCUCAUGCACCUCAGCCAGCGGGAGGCAGCGGAGCAGCUCGACAUCUCCCUCACGGCGCUCAAGAGCGCGUGCAAGAAGAUGGGGAUAACGGGCUGGCCGUACACGCGCAAGGAGAAGCUGGCAGCCGCCAAGUGUCUUCAAGGUCUUGAUAAGGAACCAGCUGUUGAGAGUAGAAACGAGGAGGAGGAAAUCGAGUCUGACGAGGAUAUUCCGGACAUGGCGGACGAUGGAGAUGCUGGAGGAGGUGAUAGGGCUGAUAGGAUAGUCGGGACUGAUGGUUGCUGUUGGAGGACCACCGCCGACAGAGUACAAGCGCAGUGA